AUGAACGAUACUUAUUUAAAUCUCCUUUUGUAAUUUACUUUUAUAGAUUUACACUUUUCGAUUUCAUAAGUAUUGCAUCCAUGAAAAGGUUCUUCUCUUGCUUGUCACUCUUUCGUAUCGGGCCGCGAACCUAACCUAACGUUAUAAGUCAGCGGAAAGAUACGUUGCAUCUUGAAAGCAAUUUUUUCUACAAAAUUGUUUGGAAUGUAGAUUUCUAUUUUUAGAGAGUGUUAAAUAUUGAAUAGUGUUAAAAAUUGAGUUCCUCCGUUGUCUUCAGUAAUUGUUUUGGCCUAACUUGUGGAAGAUCCUGAAACCGUUAAAAAAGGCUUAACCACAAAUGUAUAAUAAUAAGGAAAAACAAAGUCUGACCUUGUUGACGUGGAUUUCGCUGACUGUUGGUUUAUUUUAGCGUGAAAGGUUUACGAAAAGAGGCAUCGUUUUUGUCUAGUUAUUAUGGAUGUAUCCGCGUUUUCCGAAGAAAGUUUCGAUGUCAAGGACUGGAUUAAUACAACUUUCAAAUCCGCGGAAGCGCAAGAAAAUAAAGAGGCUUUUGUCUCGUCAAUGGUAAUGAAACUACAGUUAUACGUGCAGCAAGUAAAUGGAGCUCUUGAAGAAACAAGUCAAUCAGUUUUAUCCAGCUUACCGAGAGUUCUUAGAGAUACUCAGCUUUUACAGCAAGAAGCUUUGUCUUUACAGGAUAAAAUGGUAGUUGUGAAACGGGAAAUCGCGAAUGUGGAAAAAGACACAGCUUCUUCAAUUGCCGUUUUGGAGAGGAUUGACAGGAUCAAGACAGAUUUACAAACUGCUAAACAAGGUUUGCACGAGGCAGAUAAUUGGACAAUAUUAGCAAAUGAUGUAGAAGAGGUAUUCGAAUCUGGCGAUAUUGAAAAUAUCGCUAGCAAGUUGUUCAGUAUGCAAAAGUCAUUAACGAUGUUGGCAAAUGUAGUUGAUUACGAAGAUAAAAAAUUGCAAUUAGAAGGUUUGAAAAAUAGACUUGAGGCCAUGGCUAGUCCACGUUUAGUUCAAGCUUUCACUGCUACAAAUGCAGAACAAUCGAAAAUUUAUGUCAACAUCUUCAACCAAAUCGACCGUCUACCACAACUGCUAAAAUAUUACCAAAAUUGUUUGAAAGUUUCUUUGAGCCAGGAAUGGAGGCGGACAAUAGAGCUUGCUCAAGAUGAGAAUGUUACAUACUGGCUUCACACGUUUUAUGACAAGUUAUUAUCAGUAUGGCAAGAUCAGGUGAAAUGGUGUACUCAAGUUUUCGUAAACUUCUCGGUAGAAACUCUAGUGGAGGUUUACACGGACUUGUUACGUAACUUGGAUCCAGGAGUGUUGGAGUGUAUCGAGGCAGCUUUGAAACAGCACACAAAUGCAAUGCAGUUGAAUUUGUUAAUGGAGCUUAAACAAAUCACGAGACAUUUUACUGUGAACUUGUACGGGGCGAUAGACACCUCACAGAAUAAGGUACCAGAGCCGAAAAUUUUGCAUCUGGCUCAAGCGAUUUAUAUUCCGUAUGUUCCCUAUGUCACAAAAUACAGUAUCUACGAAACUGCUCAGCUGGGUCAACAACUCAAUUCCUUGGAUUGUAUUCACGAUGAUUUGAGUGAAACAAUCAAUUCUCUUUCUCUCAGCAUCUCCAGGGUUUUGGAUUAUGCAAGUGAGGCGAACAAACGGUGUAAACUUUUUACUGAAGGUUGUGGGUAUCCGGGUCUGCUCAAAUCAUUAAACACAUACUUCAAUAAUUACGUGGAGAAAUAUAAAACGGGUAUCCGAAUGUUGGAAAAACGGAAAGUUAAACAUGAAGAUUGGAAUUUAUUCCAAAUGUGCUUGACUCUGAUGCAAACUAUAGGAGAAUUUUUAGGAAAUGUCGAAAACUUUGAAAAAACUUUGGCCAUAGAUAUAAUUGAGAUAAACAACAAGCUUCAGAGUACAAAUGGAAAUGUAUUUGGUCAAUAUAAAACAUUAUUGUUGACGGCAGCAGGCCGAACCGAAUUACAAAAUCUUGUUUCAACUGUUCAGAAAGAGGAUAAAACUGUGCUCGACUCGACAAUAAAGUCCAUUCACAAAUUGUGUGCCGACCUGCAUCGAACGACUUACGAGGUCAUAUUUUCACCAAUUUUCUCGCAAUUAUUGCUUGUUCAAAAAGCACAAGCCUGGUCUUCAACUGAGAAUAAAAAUGCAAGCAUCACUUCAGAUUUGCCGGAUUACAGUUUUGCACCACAAGAAUAUAUCACACAAGUUGGACAAUAUUUGAUGACAUUGCCUCAGCACUUGGAACCAUUUUUAUUGAGAGAUAAUCCAAGUUUAACGCACGCUUUGAAGGCAGCCGAUCCUCAGUACAAUCGAGAAUCUACUGAAUCUGGUUUUGCUGAUAUUUUAUUGGGAAUUGUUGCAAAAGAAACUUGCCAAAUGUUUCAGGAUCAAACUUUGGGUAUUUGCGAAUUGAAUUUCGCAGCUUGUAAGCAACUUGCAACAGAUAUUGAUUAUCUUGGCAAUGUAUUAGAAGAGCUGGGUCUCUCCCUAACCGAAAAUUUGCAACAAAUGUCUCAAUUGCUGAGAUUAUCGCCCGAAGAUUAUCAAACCGGAACUUCCGGUUGCAAUGCUCGGGUUGUUGCUGCCGUCCGGCAAAUGCGAAACAUCACCUCCUCAGGUUAAUAUUAUUCCAUAUUUUUCAGUGAAUUAUGUAAAUACACAAAACUUAGCUAAUUGUACAAAUAAAUAGAAACAAGGGAUUUAAA